AUGUCUACCUCUGGCCUUAGUAUUGCUAUGAGUGAAGAGAGUCUGCGUAGCCUCAAAUUCUGUUUGAAUUGGCUGAAGUGGGCGAAUGACCACAUCGGUCGCGUCAUUGGAGCUCUAAAGGAUACUCUAGAGAAGUACGAGCAUUCCGGCGAUGAGUCGGCGGACCAGUCAGCGACCGAUAGAGAUCAUGCCAUGAGCGAACUCUCAAAUGGGAAUGCUCAUGGUCAAGGAGAGCUAGCAGCAAAGAUUACGGUUUUGAAGGCAGAUGUUUUGAAGACAUUACAAAGCGUCAUUGAGACGGUCUCUAAAUACACUGGCGGUGCGCUCCCUGACAACGCAAGAGAGCUCGUGCGCCGCCACCUCACAUCGCUUCCACAACGGUUCAAGCUCGCGCGUCAGAUGGACUCACCUCAACAACAAGGCGAGACCACACCUCGUGAGAAAGAGCAGGAGGUGAAGGAAGGCGCGCAGCGCGUUCUGGUCCUAGCUAAGGAGGGUCUCGACAUGAUGUCACAAGUGAGCGGUGUUCUGGACGGCACUAUCGUCUCGGCUGAGGAAUGGUGCGAAAGGCUUGGAAAGAAGAAGCGAGAUGAGAGGCACGCGCUUCUUAACCCCCAGACAGCACCUUUGACGAGCGUCGGUGUGGACAACGAUGCCAGGAUGGUGGAGUGA